AUGUUGAGGCAUAUCGUGACUGACCUAAGCGCGCAUUCCAACCUCUUGCGGUUAUGGCUAUGUCACCGUUCGGGAAAGGUGCUAUUGGCUGAUGGAGUUGGAUGCAUAGAAUCUAUCUUCGUUAUCGUCAUCUACACAAUAUGCUAUGCGAUUAUUAACCAACUUUCAAUCUUUUAUAAUGGAAAACUGAUUCCAUUGCAAUGUUGUUCAUCGAAUCCAAAUCCAGAAUGCCUUCCAAUAUCAGUGCCAGUAGAUGAUUGCAUAUCUUAUUCUAGAACUGCACCUGCUCCACAUCCAUAUUGUCGCCUUGGACCUCGGGAACAAGCCAAUCAAGCAACUAGUUAUCUUGAUGGAAGUCGGAAUUCAUGCAGCGGCAUGGAUGGCAUCGAUUUCAAUUUCCUACCUUCUGCAGCAGCUCUGCAUAUGCUUUGGAUACGACAACAUAAUAGUAUUGUCAUAAAUUCAAAGUGGACAGAUGAGCAACUCUAUGAGGAAAGCCGGCGAAUCGUUGUUGCACAACUUCAGCAUGUUACUUACAACGAAUUUUUGCCACUGCUUAUUGGAAGAGAGAUUUGGAAGAAAUUUGGCCUCGAUUCGGAAUCUUAUGGUUUCAGUAACAAUAUCCUACGCAAACCGAUUCAUCUUCCUGGAUUGCACAUAAUAAAAGAAUUUCGCCGUGAUCUUUUCAAAGCUAGAAAUAGUAGGCUCAGUCUGAAUGUAGCUUCUCAUAUAAUACAAGUAGGAAGAGACCACGGAAUUCCACCGUAUACAGUAUGGAGAGAGUAUUGCAGUGGAGAAAAGAAAACCAUCGAUUUAAUCGCAGACAUAUAUGAAAAUGUAGAAGAUGUUGAUCUGUUUGUUCUCGGAUUGGCAGAGAAGAUUGUCCCUGGAGCUAUAGUUGGGCCUACAUUUGCUUGUAUCAUAGCUCUACAAUUUCAGAAGGCAAGUUCCAUUCAUAAAUAUUUUUUCAUUUUGCAUUAUUUGUAUAAUUUAAUUAAAUGCAAUUCAGUGUACUUUAACUAUCAAACCGAAUUUAAACCUGGCGAUCCGCUUCUAUCAUACGGCAAAAUGAUGCGAGCCAAAAGUGAAGCUGUUGAAAUCGCUAAAAUUUCUUCUGUAUUGCUUGAAACAACGAGAAUAUUAAUGUUAGGCUUUUCCAGAUUUACUGGUAAUUUCACAGUUCUUUUGGGUCCUGGUGGAACUGUUGAGAAAUGUUUGCCUAAGAAUUUGCCAUGCGACCAUACCACACCAUACCGUACGAUAUCGGGAUGGUGUAAUAACCUCAGAAAUCCACAAUACGGAAAUGCAUUUGUACCACUUUUGCACUUGCUUCCACCUGCUUAUGAAGACGGGAUAGAUGUUCCUCGCUCAUUAUCGGUUACAGGCGUCCCGCUUCCUUCUCCUAGAGUUAUAUCGAAUACCAUUCAUUUUGAUUUGCCAAUCGACCAUUCCAAAUAUACCCAUAUGAUCAUGCAAUUCGGUCAGAUUCUUGACCACGAAUUAACUCAUUCACCUAUUACUCCUGGACCUGAUAACCAGCCAUUAAACUGUACACGGUGUGAUUCUCACGAAACGAUAUCGAUCGAUUGUAUGCCAUCGCCAAUUCCUGAAGGUGAUCCUCAUUUUCCAACGUAUGAUGAAAAUGGCGAACGUCGUUGUUUACCAUUUGCUAGAUCGCUUUUGGGCCAGUUGACAUUAGGUUAUAGAAAUCAACUGAAUCAGUUAACUGCUUACUUGGAUGGAUCAGUCAUAUAUGGUUCAACUGAAUGCGAAUCAGCUGCUUUGCGAACGUUCGUUGGUGGCCGACUGAAUUUCACUAGCCUUGGAGGGGCAAAUCCUUCGUAUAACAUUUGGCUUUUAUCUGGUGAUCAGGAACAAGAUUGCCGCUCUACGCCUGAUUAUCCAUGUUUCGUUGCUGGCGACGAACGAAAUAACCAUCAACCUGGUUUAACAACACUGCAUAAUAUAUUUCUUCGAGAACACAAUCGCAUUGCAACCAUUCUCGAGGAUUUAAAUCCUUCUUGGAAUGACCAGAAAAUUUUCCUGGAAACGAGGAGAAUAGUUGGAGCUGAAUUUGCGCACAUUGUUUAUAAAGAAUAUUUGCCGAAAUUAAUUGGUAAUGAUCUCAUGAGCAAAUAUGAUCUAUUUCCUCAAUCGGAUGGGUAUUAUACUGCUGCAUUUCGUUUUGGACAUACACUUGUACGGCGAUUUUUUUCUCGCUUUGAUAAGCAUUAUAGAAAUUGGACAAAUCCAAUCGAUCUUGUGGAUAAUUUCAAUAAUGUCGAAGCCAUUUACGAUGAACGAAGAGGUGGCAUUGAUAGCAUUUUAAUGGGACUGCUAGGAGAACCAAGUAUGGCAUUUGAUCGUUAUAUUACAACUGCACUAAGAAAUUAUUUAUUUGCUCGAAGGGAUGAGCCGCUUAGUGGAAUGGAUCUGAUCACAAUAAAUAUUCUCCGUGCUCGCGAUCAUGGUGUACAACCAUACAAUGCUUUUCGAGAGUUCUGCGGUUUGCCACGGGCCAAAAGUUUUGCUGAUCUUUCGGUGGAAAUGGAUGAUUCAACCAUUUCAAGUUUACAAAGUGUCUAUAACAAUGUGGACGAUAUUGACAUUUUUCCAGGAUUAUUAUCUGAAAGACCUAUUAAAGGUGCGUUGAUGCCACCUACAAUGGCUUGCAUCGUAGCAGAACAGUUCAGACGGACGAAACGCUGUGAUCGCUUCUUUUACGAAAAUGAUCUCACUGAAACUCACCAAUUAGAUGAAAUCCGUAAAAUAAGCCUCGGUGCAGUUCUUUGCGCGAAUAGUUUGUUGGCCAAAAUUCAACCAGACGUUUUCGUUUUGCCCGACGAAUUUUUGUGA